CGCCUAGACCUUUUUCUUUCAUUGUCGUGGUUGUUUCGGUGUUGAUCACGGUAGAAGUUUUUCUCCUGCUUUUUUCCCCAACAUCUCUUUUCUCCGGCUUGAAACUUCCCUUUUGAUCCCGUUUACAAAAAGUUAUAUAAACUGCAUCCUCUUCAUUCCUUUCCCACAUUCUUUUCCCCACUUCAUCAUCAAGACAUCUCCUCCUCCCUAUCUACCUUAGUCAAAAUGCCAGGUGUCGUCCCUACCUUGAACACAGGUAAUCAACCUGCUGCCGUUCGCCCCAAGAGCGUUCGUCAAACUCUACCUGCUAUUGCAGUUGCAGCAUUUGCCGCUUUUGGUGGUUUAUUGUUCGGUUAUGAUACCGGUACAAUUUCCGGUGUUAUUGCUUCAAACACUUUUAUCAACGAUUUCGGUUAUCCAAAUCCACAAGAUGGCGGUAAAGUUGAACUUGGUACCAGUCGUACUUCUUUGUUCGUCUCAAUUUUGAGUGCAGGUACCUUCUUUGGUGCCCUUAUCGGUGCUCCAAUUGCUGACUUCCUUGGUCGUCGUUGGGGUUUGCAAGUUGCAAUGGCAAUCUUUGUUAUUGGUGUUGCUUUGCAAGUCGCUGCUUCAAUGCAUCAAGAUGGUCUUUUCGUUGCCGGUCGUGUUAUUGCUGGUUUGGGUGUCGGUGUUAUCUCUACAAUCGUUCCAAUGUACCAAUCCGAAACUGCUCCAAGAUGGAUUCGUGGUGCCGUUGUCUCUGGUUACCAAUGGGCCAUCACAAUUGGUCUUUUGAUCGCUGCUAUCGUUAACAACUCAACAAACACUCGUACUGAUUCAGGUGCUUACCGUAUCCCAAUCGCCAUUCAAAUCGGUUUCGCAAUCAUCAUGUCAAUCGGUAUCAUCUUCUUGCCUGAAUCUCCUCGUUGGUUCAUCCGUGGUGGAAAGCAUGACCGUGCCGCCAAAUCUUUGGCCUUCUUGAACUCAACCGAUGUUGACGACCCAGUCGUUCGUGCUGAAGUUGCUGACAUUCAAACCAACUUGGACUUGGAAUUGACUCACGGUAACGGUUCUUACGCUGACUGCUUCAAGCCAAACUCACGUAAAUUCCUCACACGUACUUUGGUCGGUACUUCCUUGCAAGGAUGCCAACAACUCACCGGUAUCAACUUCAUCUUCUACUACGGAACUGAAUUCUUCAAGUCAACAGGUCAAUCUAACCCAUACGGUUUCGUUAUUGCUUCCAACGUCGUUAACGUCGUCUGCACCAUCCCUGGUAUGUGGGCAAUGGAACGUGCCGGUCGUCGUCGUUUGUUGAUCUGGGGUGCUGCUUGGAUGUUCAUCUGUGAAUUGUUGGUUGCAAUCAUCGGUACAGCUGUUUCCACCAGUAAUCAAAACGCUCAACGUGCUUUGGUUGCUCUCGUUUGCUUGUACGUUGCCGGUUUCGCUUCUACUUGGGGUCCUGCCGCUUGGGUCGUUUGUGGUGAAAUUUUCCCACUUGCUAUUCGUGCAAAGGCAUUCUCUUUGUGCACUGCUUCUAAUUGGUUGUGGAACUUCGGUAUCGGUUACGCCACUCCUUACCUCGUCAACCCAGGAAAGGGAAAUGCAGGUUUGGGCUCAAAAGUUUUCUUCAUCUGGGCCGGUACAUGUUUCGGUUGCAUGCUCUUCGCUUACUUCUUCAUCAUGGAGACCGCUGGAUUGUCUUUGGAAGAGGCCGAUGAGUUAUACGCAACUGUUAUGCCACUCAAAUCAUCCGCUGCCAACAAAGAAAUCCGCGCUCGUCGUGAUGCAUUGGAAGGUGAAGCCGCUAGAUACAUCAAGGGUGACGAAGAAGCCACUGCUGAUGAGAACAAGCACGAAAUCAUGGCCAAGACUGGUGAUGCUGACGAGAAGGCUUCAUUCUAAUCAUCUCAUCACCAUCUUCUCCUUCUCAACUUAAUGGUUUUUCCCUUUUUUGCAUAAUUUUUAUCAUUCAAUCUUGUUGUACUCUUUAUCUUUUCAUCAUACAUCAUCGCUUUACGAUAGAGUUUACCCUCUUUUCGUUUUAGCAAAAUGCAAAAAUGAAUCUAAUGU